UAACCCACUAUUUUAAUGCACGAGAACUGUCAUUUAAGCAAAAUGUCCAAAUUUUGCGCAGUUGAUCCCGUGACUAGCAUGAAUCUCUCUCUUAACGACCAACGAACUCUCAAACUUCCUGCAACUCCUGUCUAUAAAAUGGCAGCUCCUCUUCAAUAUAGUUCAGACCCACAAGCUCUAGAAUCCUAUACAUUGCACUAUUUCAGCACUGCCUUUACUUCUCAAGAUUAUGCUGAUGCUCUUGAAAUGUCCAUCCUCUUCUUUGAGGGUCAGAGGUCAGGAAAACUGCCAUCGAACCAACGGCUAACAUGGAGGGGGGACUCUGGGUUGUCUGAUGGCUCUGCUUAUCACGUGAACCUAGUUGGUGGAUACUACGACGCAGGUGAUAAUGUCAAGUUUGGCCUUCCAAUGGCCUUCACCACUACAUUGUUGGCAUGGAGUGUCAUUGAAUUCGGUAGCUCGAUGCAGAAUCAGAUUACGAAUGCCAAAGCAGCCAUUCGAUGGAGCACUGACUACCUUUUAAAAGCGGCCACUGCCACCCCUGACACACUAUAUGUUCAAGUUGGAGAUCCGAACAUGGAUCACCGGUGCUGGGAGAGGCCAGAAGACAUGGACACACCACGCAAUGUGUACAAAGUAACCAUCCAGAACCCGGGAUCUGAUGUGGCUGCCGAGACAGCUGCUGCAUUGGCUGCAGCUUCAAUUGUUUUCAAAGAGUCUGACACUUCUUACUCCACCGAACUGCUUCAUGCAGCAAUGAAAGUAUUCGAUUUUGCAGACAGGUAUAGAGGAUCUUACAGCGACUCUCUCAAUUCCGCAGUCUGCCCAUUUUACUGCUCAUACUCUGGAUACCAAGAUGAGCUUCUCUGGGGUGCAUCGUGGCUUCAUAAAGCCUCGCUGAAUGGAACAUACUUGGCUUACAUCCAAUCAAAUGGUCACACAAUGGGUUCCGAAGAUGAUGACUACUCCUUUAGUUGGGAUGACAAGCGACCCGGGACUAAGAUUCUCCUUUCCAAGGAAUUCUUGGAGAAAACUACUGAAGAAUUUCAGUUAUAUAAAUCGCAUUCAGACAACUACAUAUGCUCUCUAAUUCCAGGCACUCCUAGUUUCCAGGCCCAAUACACUCCUGGGGGGCUUUUUUAUAAAGCAACCGAAAGCAAUUUGCAAUAUGUAACCUCCACUACUUUCCUUCUAUUGACGUAUGCUAAGUAUCUUGGCUCAAAUGGAGGAGUUGCCAAAUGCGGUGGUUCAACCGUGACAGCAGAGUCACUCAUCGCUCAGGCGAAGAAGCAAGUGGACUAUAUCUUAGGUGAUAAUCCAGCAAAGAUGUCUUACAUGGUUGGAUUCGGUAACAAGUAUCCACAACAUGUGCAUCACAGGGGUUCCUCGGUGCCAUCUAUACAUGCACACCCGAACCGCAUUUCCUGUAACGAUGGGUUUCAGUACCUCUACUCCAGCUCUCCCAAUCCGAAUGUCCUUGUUGGAGCCAUAGUAGGCGGUCCUGAUAACAGAGACCAUUUCGCUGAUGAUCGAAACAGCUAUCAGCAAUCCGAGCCAGCUACAUAUAUCAAUGCACCAUUUGUUGGCGCUCUUGCUUUCUUCUCAGCCAAAAACUAAUAGCAGUUCUAUUAUCCGCAUAUUAGUGGUAUCUAUAGAUGUAAUGUCGGAAAAGACAUUCUCACAAGAAAGCUGUUAGAGAGAAAUUUAGUGUAUUUGACAUGUGGUAUCAUGCUUGUCAGUUCAGUUCCGGAACACACCGAAUUGAAUCCUAGAUUUGGCCAUUUAAUUUC